AGCAGCAGCAGCAGCAGCAGCAGCAGCACAAGAUGCUGCAGCAGCAGGAGACACAGCAGCAGCAGCAGCAGGAGACACAGCAGCAACGGAGCAGCAGCAGCAGCAGGGAGAUUAUCUAACGCUUUUCUUCCCCGAGAACUCUACCCAGGAAGAGAUCAAACUGCAAAUCAUAAAGCUCGCCUACCCCUCUUCUCUUCGCGUUGGAAGCAAAGAAUUUCUUGAUCAGCUUUUGUUUGAAUAUCCCUCUGCUCUGAUUCGCUUCUUUUCUCGCCGGAUAGAGGCAUCGGUUAAAAGCUCGGCCGACAUAACCCCUGUGCCUUCUGGGGUUUUAGUUGCUGCGAUGAACCUCCCUAUAUUUGAUGUCUAUGAUCCUGAGAUAGCAUCUGCCUUCAAUGUGGAGCCUCCUCGUCAAUUGCUGGUGCGCCCAAAGGGUUUUCGCGAAGAGUUUGCGAUGAACGAUCCUGAGGAGCAGAUGCGAUUGAUCAGCACACUCGAAGAUAAACCCUCUCCUGUCACCAACUUAAACACUCUUACUGCUCCAUCUAUAUUCACUGAGCUUCGCCCCGUCGCCUUCUUCUUUGGGGGCUCCGAGCCCUCGUUCGCUGAGGAGGCUGCGUUCUCGGAGGCGGCUGCAGCCUGGGGCAAGUCUAUUUUAUUUUGUUUGUCUUCUUCGCCUUCAAUUCUUCAUAAAAGAGCAAUCAGUUAUUUGGGUAUUCAGGAAGAAAGAGACCCGCAGGUAGUACUUGUGCAGCAUAUCAGCAACCCGAAGGAGACAACGAAAUUUAUUUGUUCCCAAGUGGAGACAAAAGAAGACAUCCUCAGCUGUCUCUCGAGCUUUCGCGAGGGUCGGCUGUCUCCUUUCUAUAAGUCAGCACCACCCCCCAAAGUACAAAAGGGGCCGGUAUACGAACUGGUGGCUUCGCGGUUCAAGUCGGUGGUGCUGGACAGCAAUAAAGAUGUGCUGCUGCUAAUUUACAGCCCUUCUUGCCCUCACAGCGCUAUCUUCAUGCCAGUCUUUGAGGAGCUAGCUGCUCGCGAAGCAAACGAAGAGUCGCUGCUAAUCGCUCGGUUAGACGGCACAGCAAAUGAUGUCCCUGGGCUUACAGUACCAGCAGCAGCAGCAACAGCAGCAGCAGCAGCAGGAGAAGGAGAAGGAGAAGGAGGGGAAGCAGCAGCAGCAGAGGAGGAAGCAGCAGCAGGAGAAGCAGCAGGAGAAGCAGCAGCAGCAGCAGCAGCAGCAGCAGCAGCAGCAGCAGCAGCACCUCCUCCUGAUGUACUCAGCACCCACGGCUACCCGGCUGUUGUCUUCUUUCCUAAAACAACAAAAAAGCAGCAAAACCCUCAACCGAUAGUUUAUACAGGCCCUCGGUCUAUGAAGGCGCUGAAGAGCUUUAUAGCU